GUUAUCACGUAAGUUGAUUUUUCUAGAUAAUAACCUUCCAUUUGGACGCUUAUAAGAAACCAACGCUGAAUAUGAUAAAACUUGUCAUUUUGGUGUCUUGUUUACUUCUCCUUGGAAGUAGAGAGGGGAAGGCAGUUACCUGUCCGUGUCCUGGUGAUGUGGAUAUUAAACCCUCUGAUGAGAACAAGCCAUCAAUAUUUCAAGAUUUGACAAAAUUGGAGAUUGAUGGAGUUUUGAAAUAUCUUCAAAAUGACUCGGGACUGGAUGUCAAACUAGGCCACGGGGCAAAAAUCUCAGAUACAAUUAUAUAUGUAAUCGAAAAGAAACCCACUUCAAAGGAUAAAGUUUUGAAUCAUAUUGAUCGUGAUGGCCGGAGGCCAGUUCGAGAGUCAAGAGUUGUAUUAGCCACGUCAUCUGGAAUGACUGAAUAUACUAUAGGGCCGUUACCUAAACCAACAUACCAUAGAAAAAUAGAAUACCCAAAAUGGAGAAAAACGGGUUUAAAAUUCACAGAUCGUCCUUUUCCAAUAGACUCAUUCGCUAUUGCAAAAACGAUUCAACGGGAAGGAAGAAAGAUGAAGCAACUCCUUCAUGAAAGUUUCAAUGGAUUUGAUUUUGAAGAUGACUGCGGUAACAAAUGUUUAACAUAUGAUGAUUUGAGAUCGAAAGUUUUCCAGGGCAAUAGAUUACUAUGGGCUAAUGUCCUACGUGUAGUUCCACCUUUGAUCGGUUCCAUAUAUGGGUAUCCACUACCUCUUCAGAUUCUUGUGAACAUGACUAGCACAGACUCCGAUUCAUGGAACGCCGCUAAAGUCUGGUACAAUGGUCAACAUUUUGAUUCUACAGAUGAUUUGAUGGCAAAUUACAUUAAUGGGUCAGUUUCAAAGAUUGCCAUGUCGUACAAUGAAACUGAUGUGUAUUCCUCUAUGAGACGAAGGGGAACUGGUAAAACCAGGAUAGCAAAGAGAGGACCAGAUUGUUUCCCGCAAGAUGGCAGAAGAUACUCUGUCGAUGGACAUCGUGUCAAGUAUAUGGGCUGGGAAUUCGAAUUUACUUACCGACAAACCACAGGUCCUCAACUGUUUGAUAUACAGUUUAAAAAAGAACGAAUUGUCUAUGAAAUGAGCAUACAGGAAAUAUUAUUGUCAUACACCGGGACGACGACCCCAUACGGCAGUCAAGCGGGUGUUUUCUUUGAUAGCGAGUCUCUUAUUGGGAACUCAUUUUCACCUCUGUCACCUGGUGUGGAUUGUCCGAAAGGUGCAUCCUACUUCGACAGUUCCAUUUUUUCAUAUGUUUUGAGCAAAAAUAUAGUAAUCCCGAACUUAUUUUGCAUCUUUGAAUAUAGAGAUGACCAAGUUCUGAAACGUCAUUAUGACAACGAUUUUGGUGGAGGGUACGAAUUCUAUAGUGGUAUGCCAAACAAUGCACUUGUUCUUAGAAAUAUCAUUUCAAGUUAUAAUUAUGAUUAUACAAUUAGCUUCAUUUUCUACCAGAACGGUGUGAUAGGUACCAAAGUUUCAGCUUCUGGGUAUGUCUUAUGUGAAUUUACUCAUCAUAAUGUGCCAAUAGAAGACCUGAUCGGAUUUAAACUACAUGAAAAUGUAUUAAGUAUGUUCCAUCAACACCUGUUUAAUUUCAAAGUUGACAUGGACAUCCUAGGAGAAAACAACAGUCAUGAAACGCUUGCUAUUAAAGUCAGACCAGUGACUCAUGAUGUAGUCAAUGGUAUUUAAGAGGAGACAUAUGAACAGUUUCUGAAGAGAAAGCAAAAAAGCUCUGAAAGACAAGCUGCCUAGAGGUUCCAAUACAGUAAACCAAAAUAAUACCUCUUCUACAACAACGGAGCACGAAGGAGUAAAUUAGGAUACAAGAGAGCAUAUUACCUAGACAACCAAGGCGUCAGCAAAUUCCUGUUUCCAGAUAAAUGGUCAAAAAUGGGCUCAUCAGCAUGG